AUGAAAGCCGUGUACAGCGAAUCUAGUUACAAUGUGUCGAUGCUCCAGACAAGAUGCCUUGUGGCCUUGACUUUGGCGACUUCUUGUACGCUUACAAUAAGGGCGAACAUCAAUGUGUUUCUAACAAAACCAGGGCGGUAUGAUCGCCGCUACGGGGCUUUCGAUGACACGGAGCGCCUGGAGAUGCUCGAACGCACAAGGGAGAUGUUUACAUUCGCCUACGACUCUUAUAUGCAACACGCGUUCCCGGCAGACGAGCUUAAUCCCAUAGACUGCUGCGGACGAGGUCCCGAUCUUUUACACAGAGACAAUAUUAACAUAAAUGACGUACUCGGCGAUUAUAGUCUGACACUGGUGGAUUCCCUGAGCACGCUUGCUGUGAUGGGGAAUCAUUCCGAAUUCAAGAGAGCGGUAAAGCUGAUACUGGAAAACGUAUCCUUCAGCAGGAAUAACACAGUCCAGGUUUUCGAAGCCAAUAUCCGUCUUCUUGGGUCGUUGUUGAGCGCCCAUCUCUUGAUAACUGACCCGAACAAGCAUCUCGGUGAUCUGACCCCCGCUGGGUACAACGAUGAGUUGUUGACUUUAUCAAGAGAUCUCGCGAACAGAUUGCUGCCCGCAUUCGAAGGAACCUCGACUGGAAUUCCGUUUCCCAGGGUGAAUCUUAUUACAGGCGUUCCGACGAACUGCUCCACUCAAACGUGCACGGCGGGGGCGGGGAGCCUUCUUCUCGAGUUCGGGGUUCUGACACGGCUUACUGGAGAUGUCGUGUUCGAAAAUGUUGCGCGCCGUGCUGUCAAAGCUUUAUGGUUGAGAAGGAACGAGCAAACAGGACUUCUUGGAAACGUCAUCGAUGUCCAUUCUGGUCAAUGGGUGGGGACGCUAUCCGGUAUAGGGGCUGGCAUGGAUUCCUUUUUCGAGUAUUUGCUCAAGAGCUACAUAUUGUUCGGGGAUCGAGAGGAUUACGUUCGUUUCAAUGAGAGCUAUUCACUGAUUAAGAGGUACAUGCGUAAAGGGAGACUGGAGUGCAAUGCUGGCUCCGGUGAUCAUCCUCUUUACGUCAACGUCAACAUGGCCAAUGGGCGCACAGCAACCCUGUGGAUCGACGCACUCCAAGCCGCAUUCAGUGGGGUCCAGGUCCUGGUCGGCGACGUAGAGGAGGCGAUAUGUUCUCACGCACUGUAUCACGCAAUUUGGCGGAAGUUCGACGCUCUCCCCGAGAGAUUCAAUUGGCACUCCAUGAAUGCUGACGUACACUUCUACCCGCUGCGACCUGAGCUAGCUGAAAGCACAUAUUUGUUAUAUCGAGCGACCAAGAAUCCUUUCUACCUCCACGUUGGAAAAGAAAUUCUACACAGCUUGAAUACUUAUUCGAAAGCGAAAUGUGGUUACGCGACGAUCCACGACGUCCAUGACAAAUCUCUCGAAGAUCGAAUGGAAAGCUUUUUCCUCUCGGAAACUUGUAAAUAUCUCUACUUGCUCUUUGACUUCGAGAACCCCCUCAACAGUCCACGUGCUCCGAGCUUCAUUUUCACAACCGAAGGACAUAUCUUCCCGGUGAUAAAAGAUCUGCGCACAGCCGUCGACGGAACAUCCAACCCCGCGCUGAAACCUCCCGCCGAAGAUCCACCCUCGACGGAUGAGAUCCUUCUGUCGAAAGUUAACGCCUCCAUUGGCUGCAUGAAAGUUGAUCAAGAGCGCCAAUACUUGCUGCCCUUGAAGCAUGAGUAUCUCACCCAGGUGAGCACGUCCCUGGGGCUUGACAUAUCUCUGGGCAGCGAGGAUUUUCUCUUGGGAUGAUUCCCUCUGGAGCCUCGAAACAAGACGCAUUCCCGAAUAAAUCAAUGAUGAAUUCGUGCCGAUUGCUCCAUGGACUCUCUCGCGAGUCAGACUUCCCCAAAAGAAUUCCCACAUGAGGAUUGUGAGUGAGCCUGUUUUUAAUAAAUGGUGCGCCUGAA